UAAAAAGCGCCCAGGCCCAGGCUCUUCUUUUUCGCUCUUCACAGGAAGUGCGGCCCGCGCGCCGCUCUGGCCGCCUCUCUCCAUGGCGCUGCGUUCCCAACCGCCGGCGCAGGCGACGGGCUUCCGCUUCCCGUCGCGAUGGCGCGGCCCGGGGCAGCAGCAGUGCGCCGCCUGUAGCUGCUCGGCCCGCCUCCCCUUCUCCUUCCCCCCGUCUCCUAUGGCGGCCCCGCACCCCGAGAAGCUGGAGGGCGGAGUCGGCCCCGCCCCGCCUCCUCCCGGCCCGCCACCCCCGCCGCCUCCCCCGGGCAGCCUCGCCACAGGCCCCGGCCGCAAGCAGGGCAAGGCCGGCCUUCAGAUGAAGAGUCCCGAGAAGAAACGCCGCAAGUCCAACACCCAGGGCCCCGCCUACUCCCACCUCUCAGAGUUUGCCCCGCCGCCGACCCCCAUGGUCGACCACCUGGUGGCCUCCAACCCCUUCGAGGAUGACUUCAGCACCCCCAAAGUCAGCUCGGCCUCGGCUCCGUUCCUGGGCAGCCCGGGGCCCUUCGGGAACUUCCGCGUGCAAGGGGCCAUGGCUCCUCAGGUGCCCCCUGGCUACGGGGGAGGCCCUCAGGCCACGCGCAGGCAGCCGCCCCCCUUCGGCCCCGGCCACAUGGGCCCGGCGUUCAACAUGCCCCCGCAGAAUGCCGCCUACGUCCAGCCCGGCGGGAUGGGCUUCAGCGGGCAGCCGUUCGGGCAGCCCCUGGGACAGAACUUCAGCCCUCCCGGCAGCCAGCUCAUGCAAGGACCUAUGGGGGGCUUCGGGCCGAUGAUCUCCCCCACCAUGGGGCAGCCCCCGCGGGGAGGGGAAGUGGGCCCAGGGCCUGGCCUCAACCCCCCCGGGGGGCCCCCGAUGGCCCAACGCUUCAGCCAGCCGGCCAACAUGUUCGGACAGUCGCCGAUGGUGCGCCCUAAUCAGACCCUCCCCAACCUGCCGCCCAACCCCGGCCCUUUCCCCGGCCCCGACCCAGGCUUCCCUCCCGGCGGCGAAGACAACGGCGGCGGCAAGCCCCUCAACCCCCCCGCCAACGCCUUCAGCCAGGAGCCGCACUCGGGGUCGCCGGCGGCCACCGUGAACGGCACUCAGCCCCCCUUCGCGCCCAACAGCGCUGGCCACCCUGGGGCGGGCACCCCCGAGGCCAACAGCCUCCCGCCGCCUCCCGGCAAGGCAGCCGGCAACACCGGCCACCAACCCCCACCCGGGCUGGUGUACCCCUGCGGGGCGUGCCGCAGCGAGGUGAACGACGACCAGGACGCCAUCCUGUGCGAGGCCUCCUGCCAAAAGUGGUUCCACCGGGAGUGCACGGGCAUGACCGAGAAUGCCUACGGGCUGCUGACCACCGAGGCCUCGGCCGUCUGGGCCUGCGACUACUGCCUCAAGACCAAGGAGAUCCAGUCGGUCUACAUCCGGGAGGGCAUGGGCCAGCUGGUGGCCGCCAACGACGGCUGAGCCCAGCCGC